AUGACCUCGGGCAUCAUUGAUGGAGCUGCUGUUGGCCCGUCAUCUUCGCUCUUGAACAACAUCGCCAUGUCACCCCACGACCCCAGCCUCUUUUCGCUGCUCAACUCGCUCUUUGAGCCCAACUUUCUCAUUCUCGUCACCUAUCUCUGCAUCAACCUCUAUCUCGCCUCUCGUGUCAUCCGCAUCGCCACAAAAAGGUAUCGGCAGCUCAAGAUGACGCCCAGCAAGUCCGGACAGCUUGGUCUGGUCCGAGUCCCCGCAGAAGGCGACACUGACGUUCUCCAAGCGCACGAGGAACUCUUCCGCAUCGGAAGCAAGUCCAACAAGUACAAAACCGACACGCCCGUCGCGGAUGCGCUGAUCCGCCUGGCAACGUGGGCAUUCAAGAACGAGGCCGGUCAUGCCAAGCGCAUCUUUGGCCUCCUCGCAGUCCUCAGCCUCGCUUCCACGUGGUACUAUAUGCUUACUUUUCUGCGUCACUCGUAUCUGGCCUACCUCGAGCGAUGCCAUCUGACAUCCUACCCGCUACCGCCUACUCCGCCUCCUUUCAAUCUUUCUCGCCCGGCGCAACUGGUGCCAGCAUUGCAUCUGCGCAUCCUCCGCAUCUCGCAGUGGCUUGCCUCGCUCAGUCUCUUCAAGGAAGCAUGGAUGGAGGUCAUCAAGGACGCUACCUCGUGGUGGUGGAGCAGCGAGAUCUGCAUCAUCACCGUCGGUGCUUGGGCGCUCUUCCUCAGGCACGAGGCUGAACGUCUUCACAUCCCUCACGUCUGGACUGUCAUGGCGCUCGGUCAGCUCGUCGCCAUCAGCUUUGCCUUUAACCUCUUCAGCCUCGCCGUCAUCUAUCGGCUGGAUGCAUUGGACCUACUCUCUGCACGCUGCGACACCAUCUUCAAGGCCAAACGUCGCGUCAUCAGGCCACUCGAAGACAAUUCCCCCGACUCUCCACCCGAGAUCUACCCGCAGCCAGAACAAGAGCACGCAGCCGAAUCUAGGCCGUUUCGCGUUAGUGUAGCUCUACCUCCUGCCGACGAGAAUGCUCCUCCCGCCGCAUGGCCUUCGACGUCGCUGCCCCCAUCUCCGCGUCGUUCGCCCGAUCCAAACGUCAGGCUGCUCGACACCCGGCUCACCGUGCAGAGAGUGCCGCUACCUCCUCGGCCCACGCCCAUGGACCAGGCCGCCCAGACAAUGCAGCGCUGGAUCCCAGAGAAAGUGGGCUUGCCACUCUUCGUCUUUGCUGGUCUGUCCUCGGUACUGCAGCACCCGAACAGCUUUACGAAGGUGAUGGUCAUGCACGUCUUUCCACUGCUCAUCUCUAUGUACCCGGCCUAUCACAAGCUGCGCUCUAUUCCCAGCAAGCCUACGCCUAGGCGGGCGUCGUUCACCCCACCAACGUCCAAUCUCACUACCAAGCGAGUUUUGCUCGGGAUGGUGUCCCGCAGCGAAUCUCACGUGCCGAUUUGGCAGGACGCCAAGGUCUACUACCUCGGCCUCGGCGUCAUCAGUAUUGCGCUGCGACUGUGGCUUACUCUAGCCUGCUUCUGCGAGGUGAAGGACAGCGGGUCUGUGGUGCACCAGGCUUGGCGUACUAUCACCUUACUCUUUCCGACGACGUUCUUGCGACACCCAGCACAGAGCUCAAUCAGCUCGGACCAUGUCUGCGUUGCCCUCAGCGCGUCGGUCUUCGUGCUCAUCGAGAGCGGUCUUUGGCUUUGGAAGGCGGCAGUGGCGAGCCCGAGUUCAGUGCUCCCUGGCAGCUACGACCCGGACGAAGAGAUGAUGAGGGAUAUGGACGAAGACGCCUGUAUGCUUCAUGCCCCCUUGCCCUCGUCGCUCCGACUCGACCAAGCCGAUCGCAAGGUGAUCGAGACGCAGGCGUGCGCCAUUGUAGUGCUGCUCGCGUUGUCGCCUCUGCUCGGAGGCAGUGCUACGCUCUCGCUCUACCUUGCAGUGCGAUGCACCUGGGUUCAACAAUACGAACAGCAUCGAGGUUCUCAAGACGAUGAGCUCCUACAUCCUCCGCAUCGCCCCGGAUCGCAGGUGAUCGAUGACAGUGAGGAGGUGCAUCUGCUCGAGAACGAGGAAGGCGAGCGGUACAUGGAGGUGCGCAAGAUGCAUGUGAGUGAGUUGCGGCUUCGCGGCGCCGCAGUAGGUGGACGUCGGCCUGUCGAUUCCACGCCACCACCUGGAGCCAUGGACGACGACGAGGAAGAGCCCAUGACUCCGCCGAGCUCCGCCCGGUCUGAGGGGCGCCACGCCGGCAUGGCGACUCAGGAGGAUGCACAAGAGACGCGCACGGGUGCGACGGGCCGUAGCCGUCUAAUGAGGGGAGGAACGGCCGAGAGCGAGAUGGGCACGGCUUCGUCAGUUGAGGAGGGCAGUGGACGUCGAAGUACGCCGAUGCGCCAUCGUCAUCCGCCGCCCCGGUACGGUGAGUUGUCGCCGUUGACUUCGCAGGGACGUCGAGACUGA